GGCACGGGUGCCAGCAGCCAACGGCGGCUGCAAGCCCUCGACCGCAUUGAGCACGUUAAAGUCUUAGUAGAUACUCCUGAAAAUUUUGGAGCAGCGGUUGCUGCAGAACAAAAGCCUAAGGGCCCUGUGGCAGAGGCUGCAAGAUUAAGAGUUGGUUGUGUGUUGUGAAGCAGCACGAUGGCGGAAAAGGCGGGCGAAAAGGGGGGAUCUCGAGUGCGCCGCGACACGCUGGUGAAGAUCCAGGCAGAGGCGCAGGCUCGAUGGGAACAAGAGAAAGCAUUCGAGGAGACUGCGCCGGAGGAGGCAGACCCCGAAAACAAGUACUUUGCGAACUUCCCAUAUCCUUACAUGAAUGGCCUGCUCCAUCUGGGGCAUGCUUUCACCAUCUCCAAAGCUGAGUUUGCCACUGCCUACCACCGCCUGCGUGGGAAGAAAGUGCUGUUUCCGUUUGGAUUUCACUGCACGGGCAUGCCAAUCAAGGCAUGUGCGGACAAGCUGGAGCGCGAGAUCACCAUAUUUGGGCUGCCCCCCCAGUUCCCUACAGAGCAGGAGCAAGCAGAGGAGGAGGCCGCCAAGACAGAGGCUGCAAACAAGCAGGCGCAGGAGAGCACGGCGGACCCCACCAAGUUCAAGACCAAGAAGUCCAAGGCUGCGGCCAAGAGCGGGACCGCCAAGUACCAAUGGCAGAUUAUGCAAUCGCUGGGGCUCAAGGACGACGAGAUUGCACGCUUCCGGGACGCCAACUUCUGGCUCGAGUACUUUCCGCCACUGGCCAUCGACGACCUGAAGGCAUUUGGGCUGGGCGUGGACUGGCGGCGUUCGUUUAUCACCACAGACGUGAACCCGUACUAUGACUCGUUUGUGCGGUGGCACCUGACGACGCUGUACAAGCAGGGCCGGGUGGUCAAGGACAACCGGUACGCCAUCUUUUCUCCGCUCGACAAGCAGCCCUGCGCGGACCAUGACCGUGCGUCGGGGGAGGGCGUGCAGCCGCAGGAGUACACGCUCAUCAAGAUGGAGGUCAUCCCGCCCCUCUCAGGGAAGCUGGCUGCCUGUGCGGGCAAGCGCGUGUACCUGGCAGCCGCGACCCUGCGGCCGGAGACGAUGUAUGGCCAGACCAACGCGUGGGUGCUGCCAGACGGGGAGUACGGCGCAUUCGAGAUCAACGACGAGGAGGUGUUCGUCGUUGCGAAAAGGGCGGCGCUCAACCUGUCGUACCAGAACUACUCCAAGGUGCGCGGGGAGCCGCGGCAGCUGGUGUCGGUGACGGGGACGGAGCUGAUUGGCACGGCGCUGCGGUCGCCGCUGGCGGUGAACGAGGUGAUCUACUGCCUGCCCAUGCUGACCAUCCUCAUGGACAAGGGCACCGGCGUCGUCACGUCCGUGCCCAGCGACUCCCCCGACGACUACGCCACGCUGGAAGACCUCAAGAAGAAGAAACCCCUGCGUGAGAAGUACGGCGUGCGCGACGAGUGGGUGCUGCCGUUUGAGGUGGUGCCCAUCAUCAACAUCCCCGAGUUCGGCGACAAGUCCGCCGAGGCCGUGUGCAAGCAGCUCAAGAUCCAGUCCCAGAACGACAAGGACAAGCUCGCCGAGGCCAAGCGGCUCACCUACCUCAAGGGUUUCACGGAGGGCACGCUGCUGGUGGGCCCGCACGCCGGCGCGCGCGUGCAGGACGCGAAGCCGCUGAUCCGGAAGGAGCUGGUGGAGACGGGGCGGGCCAUCCUGUACAGCGAGCCCGAGAAGAAGGUCGUCUCGCGGUCCGGGGACGAGUGCGUUGUCGCGCUCACCGACCAGUGGUACCUGACGUACGGCGAGCCUGAGUGGCGGGCGCGCGUGGAGCGGUGCCUGGCGCGCAUGAAUCUGUUCAGCGACGAGGCGCGCCACUCGUUCGAGCACACGCUGAGCUGGCUGAACCAGUGGGCGUGCUCGCGCUCCUUCGGGCUGGGCAGCCGCCUGCCAUGGGACCCCGAGUACCUCAUUGAGUCGCUCUCCGACUCCACCAUCUACAUGGCCUACUACACCGUAGCACACUUCCUGCAGGACGGUGAUAUCUACGGGCGGGGCAAGGGCGCAGUGCGCGCGGACCAGAUGACGGACGCGGUGUGGGACUUCAUCUUCCUGGACGGGCCGCAGCCGCAGGCGGACAUCGACCCCGCGCUCCUCAAGGCUAUGCGGCAGGAGUUCCAGUUUUGGUACCCCUUCAACCUGCGAGUGUCGGGCAAGGACCUCAUCCAGAAUCAUCUCACCUUCGCGCUCUACAACCACACCGCCAUCUUUCCCGAGGACAAGUGGCCCCUCGGCUUCCGCAGCAACGGCCACCUGAUGCUCAACUCGGAGAAGAUGUCCAAGUCCACCGGCAACUUCAAGACCCUCAAAGAGGCCGUCGAGGAGUACUCCGCCGACGGCACCCGCUUCGCCCUGGCGGACGCGGGCGACACCAUGGACGACGCCAACUUUGUGGAGAACACCGCCAACGCAGCGAUUCUUAGCCUUACCAAGGAACUGGCGUGGAUGGAGGAGACGCUGGCCGCACUGUCGCAGGGCGCGCUGCGGUCGGGUCCUUUCGCGUUUGCGGACCGCGUAUUCAGCAACGAGAUGGACGUGGCGGUCACCGAGACGGAGCGGCACUACGAGGCGCUCAUGUUCCGGGAGGCGCUCAAGUCUGGCUGGUACGACCCGCAGAACGCGCGCGACGAGUACCGCGUCAGCUGCGGGGCCGCCGGCAUGCACGCCGACCUCGCGCGGCGCUUCAUCGAGAUGCAGACCCUGCUCAUCACCCCAUUCUGCCCCCACUUUGCGGACCACGUGUGGCGCACGCUCCUCCACAAGCCCGGGUCGGUGCUGGUGGCGGGCUGGCCCGCGGCGUCCCCGCCGGACGUGACGCUGCAGCGAGCCAACGCGUACCUGCAGGAGGUCAUUGUCGACCUGCGCAAGCUGCUCGCCAAGCACCUCGCGCCGCCCAAAAAGGCGCCCAAGAAGGGGGCCGAGCCCCCGGCAGCCCCGGUGAAGUUCACUGUGGGGAGCAUCUUCAUCGCCGAGAAGUUUGGUGGCUGGCAGGAGACGUGCCUGACCAUCCUGGCCUCCAAGUUCGACCCGGGCAGCAAGACGUUCCCGGGCGACGCCGAGCUGAUGGCGGCCGUGAAGGGCAGCGAGGUGGGGCAGCGCGCGGACUUCAAGGCGGUGAUGAAGCAGUGCAUGCCGUUCCUCAAGUUCAAGCAGGCCGAGGCGGUGCGCAUCGGGCCGCAGGUGCUCGAGUCCAAGCUGCCCUUCGACGAGGCCGCCGUGCUGCAGGACAACCAGGAGCUCAUCAAGGUGACCGCCGCCAAAGCCAACUCCUGCCCGGGCGCCUUCGAACUGUCGGCCUGGAGGAGGUGUACUUCUAUCCCGCCUCCGACGAGAGUGUUCUGUCGUCCGUCACGCCUCAAGAAAAGGCACGGGUCGCUGCCGCCACCCCCGGAAGUCCGGCUGCCAUCUUCACUGCCGCUCCACUUAGUCAACGAUGAGAGAACCCGUGGCAAAGCAUCCACAGACAAUCUGGCUCCCCCAGUACCAUCCCCCACAAAGGUGGGGUUAUUGGCAUCCCCUCAGCGGAAGCAAUCAGAACUUAUGGCGCAGGCUGAGGGCGCACAGACAGAAGAGAUGUCGCAGCAGGAGAAGCAGCUGCAGCAGCUUUUCAAGGCUCUCAGCACUGGCUUCCAAAAGCUUGACAAGACAAAGGAUCCUGGAAAACAAGCCAAGCAGCUGGAAGAUCUUACCUCCAAGAUGCGUGAGUGCAAACGGUUAAUCAAAGACUUCGAUAGGGAGAUUAAGCUGGAAGAGGCCAACAAUCCGGAGAGUGUGACGAAGGCCUUGAACGAUCGAAAGCAAGCCCUGAUCAAGGAAUUGAACUCCUAUGUGGCCCUGAGGAAAACGUACACCGGUACAAUCAACAAUAAAGCGGCGCUUCUUGAUGGGGCAGGAGGAGUGGACGGUGGACCCGACGAUGGCCCUCAGAAAGCAUCGACUAUGAGCAAUCAGGAGCUGAUAGAGCGGGGGAACGCAACUAUGGACGAGACUGACAGAGCCAUUGACCGGGGAAGAAGAAUCGUGGAAGACACAAUCAACAUCGGUGCACAGACAGGUGUCACAUUGAAGGGCCAAACAGAGCAAAUGGGCCGAAUAGUCAAUGAUCUCGACACCAUCCACUUCUCUAUAAAGAAGGCUGCCAAUCUUUUGAAAGAAAUCAGCAGACAGAUUGCAACCGACAGGUGCAUCAUGUUCUUCCUCUUCAUCAUCUUUCUUGGAGUGAUCGCUAUCAUCAUAGUCAAGGUUGUGAAUCCUAAUAACAAGAACAUCCGGCCAAUCCCCGGGCUUACCCCACCUGGAUCCAGGAAGUUGCUCAUGUACUCGCCGUACCCACCAACAUGGAGGUAGCUAACAAUUGGUGCUCCAAUUAUCUGGAAGAAAACAGCUGAAGUUGGCUUAUCCCCCUGUGUUGAAUGCUUGGUCCGUUGCUUGACGUGGAGGUCUUAAACUCGGUCAUGCGCGCUUUUGUACUCGAUUUGCAAAUUGGUACUUUUGUCGAGGAAGUAGUCCGAGUGGCUGAUUGAAAGAGUCUCAAUGACCGCCAGGCUAAAGGCCACUUGGCUUUGGUUAGAGACUCGAUUGUAUCAUACCUAACACGAUUAGACAUGAGAGACACCUUAUCAAUCAAAAUCAGCGGGACAGUACAAUGUUGCCACUCGUAUCAAACUUAGGGACCUCAUUCCAAUUUUGGCGAGUCGCAUUGGUUCAUUGUGAGACACCGGAUCUUCGUAAAUCAUCGGUAUUGAUGUUGCCAUGUAUCUCGAGUCAGCUAUGGA